AUUUCAUACCAGAGGUGCAUAUGUAUUUAUAAUAAGCCGCAGUUGAACUGUUCUCAAAAAUUAGGAAAACAAGAACGGGGAAGUCAAAUUACAAAGUGACUCAGAAUCAAGUCCCUCUCUUCACUUUCAAACAUGGCAGCGAAGGAGUCGCAUUGCGGAGGAGAUGUCCCGAAGAAAGAACAAAUUGCUCUCACCAGAGUUAGGGGUAUCGAUGUGCUGCGAGACCCAUACAUAAACAAAGACAUGGCAUUCACCCUAAGGGAGCGACAGCUGCUGGGUGUCCAUGGCCUCUUACCACCCAGGAUUGAAACUCAAGAUCUACAGUGUUAUAAUAUUAUGCAAAACUUCUACAGGUUUGAGCAUGAUCUUGACAGAUACAUCUUUCUUAUGGGCUUGCAAGAUCGUAAUGAGAAACUUUUCUACAGGGUUCUUGAAGAAAAUGUGGGAAUUAUGAUGCCCAUUGUAUAUACACCUACUGUAGGUCUUGCCUGUCAGAAAUAUGGGCUCAUCUUCAGGAAACCAAGGGGUCUCUUUAUCAGCAUACAUGACAAAGGUUACAUCUAUGACAUCCUAUGUAACUGGCCAGAGCAUGACAUAAAGGCUAUUGUUGUGACAGAUGGAGAAAGGAUUCUGGGAUUAGGUGACCUGGGUUGCUAUGGUAUGGGCAUCCCAGUGGGAAAACUAGCCCUGUAUACUGCCCUAGCAGGUGUCAAACCGCAUCAGUGUCUCCCAAUUUUACUAGACGUGGGCACCAACAAUGAGACAUUACUUAAAGAUCCAAUGUAUCUGGGCCUCAAGCAAAAGAGAGUAACUGGACAAGCUUAUGAUGACUUCAUUGAGGAGUUUAUGCAGGCAAUCAUUAAAAGAUAUGGUCAGAAUACACUAGUACAAUUUGAGGACUUUGGAAAUCAUAAUGCAUUCCGAUUUCUCGAGAAAUACAGGAACCAUUACUGUACAUUCAAUGAUGAUAUACAAGGCACUGCAGCUGUAGCUGUGGCUGGUAUACUUUCUGCGUUGAGGAUCACUGGGAAAACACUACAAGAGAACAAAUUUGUGUUCCAAGGAGCUGGCGAGGCAUCCAUUGGUAUAGCUAAGCUUUUGAUUCUUGCCAUGAAGGAGGACGGUUGUACGGAAGAAGAGGCUGUUACAAAGAUCUAUAUGGUGGACUCUAGGGGUCUCAUCACUAAGGAUAGACCAAGUGGAGGGGUCACUGGCGAGAAACUGCUAUUUGCCAAAGACCAUGAACAUCUUGAUAAUCUAGAAACUAUUAUCAAUAAUGUUAAACCGACUGCAAUUAUUGGUGCUGCGGCUAUUGCUGGAGCAUUCACUCCAUCCAUCCUCAAGGCAAUGGCUUCCUUCAAUGAUCGGCCAAUCAUCUUUGCCCUGAGCAACCCUACCAGCAAGGCAGAAUGCACUGCAGAGCAAGCAUACUCUAAUACUCAGGGAAGAUGUGUCUUUGCAAGUGGAAGUCCUUUUGAUCCUGUGACUCUUGGGGAGAAGACUUUCCAUCCAGGCCAGGGGAACAAUGCAUAUAUAUUCCCAGGGAUUGCAUUGGGUGUGAUAUGCUGUGGUGUAAGGCAUAUCUCAGAGGAAAUAUUCCUAAAGUCUGCAAAGGCAUUGGCAAGUAUGGUUCUCCAGUCUGACCUUGACAAAGGAAGAGUGUAUCCCUCUCUCUCCAAGAUACGAGAAGUGUCAACAAACAUUGCUAUAGAGAUAGCCCACUAUGCUUACAAAUACAGAAUGGCUGCUCACUACCCUGAACCACAAAAUAAGGAUGAGUUUAUUCAUGGACAACAGUACUGUACACAAUAUGAGAGCUUUGUACCUCAGGUUUAUGACUGGCCUAAUGAUGUAGCCAAUCCUUUGACUGAAUAAAUAUGAUUCCAACUUUUGACUUAUAUUCCAGGGAUUGGAUCAAAAUAUCAAGUUUUUUUAUCUAACUAAAGCUAGGGGUGGUCUCAACAGUUGUGGAAAAAGUAAAUUUCUUUGGAGAGGACUGGGGAGGUUCUGUAAAUGACAGUUUCAUUGGUGAAGAAUGUAGAUUUUUAAAAAUGUGAUAGGCAAAUAAGCACUUUCAGAUUUUGUUUUAUAAAGGGUGAAAGGGAACAAUGAUGAAGUUACCUGCAAUGGCACACACGGUAAAGAACUAUUAACUCUUUACCUGUUUACUAGUUAAUCAUCAGCAGUUACAGUAAAUCGUUUUUAGAGUAUUUGGAGUUAGGACAGUGAUAUUUUUCUUGGAAAUCCAUGGUAAAAUUGGAUUUUCAUACAAAAUAAAACAUUGGCACUAAUGAAUAAAAAAUAUAUUCAUUCAUACACACAAGAAAUCACUACUUAUUGAGAGAUAUUGUUUCUAAAGUUAUUUUUAAUAUCUUAUUAUGUUAUCAUUA